AUGUACUCAACAAAGAGCAUAGCUGAUUCAGCAUCAUGGUGUUGUGCCUUGGCACUAUUGUGUCUAAUACUAUUGGGGUCCAUAAGGGACAACCAUGUGCCGGAGGAGGAAGACCCUGCGGCGGCCGCCACCACGAGAGGGCGGAGCAACCUCUUUGAAAGGCCGUGUGAUGAGAUAUAUGUGGUGGGAGAAGGGGAGACCCUACACACCAUAAGUGACAAGUGUGGUGACCCUUUUAUUGUUGAACGCAACCCACAUAUUCAUGACCCUGAUGAUGUUUUCCCUGGCCUUGUCAUCAAAAUCACCCCCACACCCACAUACACCAAUACUAAGAAAUUGUUCAAGAGGUAG